AGAUGCAAUUUUCAGUGAGUCAAAAAUAGCCAGUGAAAGAAAAAAUUUUCCAACUCUAAAAGAAAGCUUUUAUUUCAUUACACAACGUUCAACAAGCUCCAUUUAUCAGGAUCGUCGAUUUAACGAAAAUGAAGAUCCAUGUUGGUGCUCCUCUCUUCACUCUAGCAUUUUUCUUCAGUUUCAUUGAAUUGAGUUCACUGUACAACACGAAUCGUCUUAUUAAGGACGUUUUGCAGCUUCCAGAUGACAAGCACAUCUGGUACAACACAUUUAACGGAAUAAUAAAAAUAGAAAAUGGGAAAAAUGAAUAUACUUAUGGAUUACGAGACGGAACUACAAUGGUUUGCGAAUUAGACUUACUUCAGCAAGAAACAUGGGUGCGUGCAUUAAUGAUAGACAACCAACCAGUUAAGGUGGACGCGAGAAAUUCCAACGUUUAUAAUUUUACUAAAGAUGACACAAACUUAUAUGGAAUCGUAUUUGACUUGGAGCUUCAUUAAAAUAAAAAUUGACAUUUCCGACUGUAUUGCACUUUCUUUAUUUCGACAGCCGCCCAUCAUAAUAGGAAAAAGGAUAUAUUGGCUUAUUGGUAACAUGAAAUCAAUAAAAAAUUAUUACAAGGAUUACUUGUUACAUGGAAGGUAUUUUGGCGCAGCAGCAGCGCCACCUACUGUACAGCAGUUGUGCGUAGGCUUGACGCAGUUGUUAUACCGAUUUUGGCACAGCGAACGCUCGAAACUAGUUUUCUCAAAUAGAUUCUCAGGCAUUGAUGAGCAUGCGCGAAUAAUCGCUUUCGAUUGGCUCUGCUAGACGCAUGCGCAGUAGUUCACCGGACCAUCUUUGGGAGAAUUAAGCUGAACGCCACAACAAGUAUAGAAAAUGGAUACAUAACAUUAUGCAAUAAAAAAUAAAUUCGUUAAAAAUAAAAACCUGUGGAUUAAAGCUUAUUUCUGAAUGAACAUGAGAUGGUGGAAAUUUGCUUUAGAAAUUCAUUGCGCACUACGCACGGAGUCAUAUAAAUAAUGAAAAGUUAUUGUAAUUUAUUUUCAUUCUACUGCCCUUGUUCGCCAUCAAUCAAAAGAAUAUUUUCUUCAAAUAAAGCCUGUUCUGACCUAACCAAUUAAAAUUAGUAUAACCAAAUUUUUACUUUGAAUCAUUUAAAAAUGACUUUUUUUAAUUUGGAUUGGAUGUAACUUUUCGUGAAGCGUAUAAUUACAGGCAGUGAUAACUUUGCUGUAAAUUAGUUUUAAAAUUUUAAUUUGACUUCGCCUGAAUAAUUAUAUUUUCUAAUGAAAUAAAUGUAAUUUUGGAUUAAAGAAAUAAACGAAUUUAAUACGA